AUGAAGUUUCGCUACUUCUUCGCGCUCGCACUGGUAGGCGCGAGCUCGUCAGUAGACCACCAUUACCCGCGUUGUUUGAAUCUCGGGUGUGAUGAAGCUAGUCAAAUGUGCGCUUGCGAGUCGAAGAAUGACGCUGACGGUUCUGUUUACGCUGAUUUCACUGACUGCAAAUGUGUUCCCAAAUCGUCGAAAGAAUGCACUGCUUCCGACUGUGGACCAGAAGCUGAUGGUUUGACAUAUUGCCACGUCACUUAUGGCAGUUCCGGUAUCUUGAGCAAACAAUGCUUCUGUCCACCUGGGUUCAAACAAACUUCGAUCUUUAGCACGACAACUUUUAAAUUCACCUUUGUUUGUGAAGAUUACGAUGAGUGCGCUGAGGGCAACCGGAACUCCUGCGACAUCGAAAACGGCGAAACUUGCCUGAACAUGGACGCAGCAACUGGAGACGCUUACGAGUGUCUUGGGACAGCACAGCCUCUACCAACAACUUCCCCGACAAGAGCUCCUCGUGAUUGGCACAAUGGUCCUCACGGCGAUUUGAUCCUGACCGAUUGGCAAAAAGAGAUUCUAGAGAAAAGUGGCUUCGACACUUCUUCUUACCGAAUCGACCCAAAUGUGCCGAUAACGAGAGGAAGCGAGAUCGUGAGAUGCGAAUUUGAUUUGAAUGAAAAUGGAUGCUGUGCGUCGAUUUAUUCAAGUCUCUUUGGCCAGACUUGCGUGUCAAAUGGACUUGUCAACGAUAAACAGAGUUAUCUCUGUCCGAAUGGUAAUUCACUCAGAUGGAGCUCGAGCAGUGGUUGGACAUAUUAUGUCAGUGAACUGAGCUCAGCCUAUUACUCAAACUCUGGAACCAGUUUUGGCGACACGUCCGGAACUUGCCUUCAUUCGGAAGUUCAAGAGCCAACUUUUGUUUGGGGAUUGAACAAUAUGCAGCUAAGCUGCGUUAAGAACGGCGAAAAAACACUGUUGCCUUGCGCUAGCAGCACAUGCAAUUUAGAGGUAGCAACCUGUGUCAACAAUGCCAAUGAAACUGGAUUCAAUUGUGUUUGUAAAGAUGAAUUUCCCGGUUGCGAUCCUGGAAAUCCAGACACAACAACAACAACAACAAUUAUGACGACGACUUCAACAACGACAACAACAACAACAACGACAACAAGUACGACCACGACUUCAACUACAACAACAACAACUACGUCAACUACAACAACUACAACAACAACAACCACAACAAAAACAAGCACUACUACAACGACAUCAACAACAACGACAACAAAAUCAACGACAACAUUAGCGACAAGCACAACUACAAAUACAGCUACUACUCUAUUUUCUGAUUGCCCGAACGAGUUUUGGGAUUAUAUCUAUGAUAGUGAGCAGGAUGUCUGGUUCUGCGCUCCGAAAACCGGCCUUGUAUCAGUCGUUUGCGGCUCAACAUCGAUGACUGUCACCCUAAGCACUGACCUUUUCAAUGACAACGACCAAUACGAGGCUAAAUUCAUUGAUGACAGCUCCAUGGACUGCCGUACAGUAGGCUCCCUUGAAGAAGACUCCUUCACUUUAGAGACUGCUCUCGACGGAUGUGGAACAGUGAACUCCCUCAAUGGGGCAAAUCUCGAUUUCACGCAAGUCCUUCACGUCGAAACCCACUCGUCCUUUAUCUCCAUCGAUAAGCCAAUGGAUCUCUCCUUCACUUGCUCGUAUCCUUCCUUGGUGACUGCUGUCUUUGGUGGUGAUAAUGAGACCGAUUUCAACUUCUACGUCAGCAAUCCUCAAUUUAAUGCUACUUACACUGAUCUCUCCAGCGGUGCUGCAUUCGAGAGCGGUGACAUCGUGUACUUUGGAAUCAAUCCAACUGGAUCGGAUACCAACUCCUCUCUUCCCGAAACUGUUACUUACACCGUCACCGAUUGCCGAAUCAUCAACGAUGCACUCAGCGUCGAGUUUCCAAUCCUCGCUGAUGGUUGCGCACAAGAAGUUGUCGGAUUCGACUUCGAGGAUACUUCAGCAUGGCCUAUUGACGCUUCGAUUCGUCCGAUUCACAAUGAGGACUCUGUGUACUUUGAAUACAUGAGUUUCCGAUUUGUGUCCGCAGAGGAUGAUAUCGACUACAAUGAAAAACUAAGCUGCGAUAUCACUGUUUGCGACCGAAAUGAUCCCUCCAGUGCCUGCGUAGCUACACCAAACUGCGCUCGACGACGACGAUCAUCAUCAUCUCUUGAAGAUCUGAUUACUUUCGAGUAA